CAAGCCUGUCAUCAUCGUUGUUUUUGAUUAUCAACCAACAGCAAUUCUCUCUCUCUCUCUCUCUCUCGCUGUUUCGUCAUUAUCACACACUCCAUUUUCCUUUUGUAUUAAGAACCCUAAUCUCUGUUUACGUUUACACCUUUUAUAUGUUGCUUUCCUUAUGCGUGAAAUCAAUAUUAGAAAGAUCCAUGUAUAUAUAUAUAUAUAUAUAUUCAAGGACGGGGGUUGAUUUGAUUUGAGGUGAAUAUUGAGAAACUUUAUUUGAAAAAGAAAAUGCGGUGAAGUUAGUUCAGGUAGUAGCGUAGGGAGGGGGGCUGCUUUUGGGGAGUAGUUAUUUGAUUUUUAUAUUUGGUUUUUUUGGGUUGUGAUCGGCGACAGAAAAAGAGGGAUUGAAAAUGGCGAACAUGGAGUUGCAAAUGGGCCCUCAGUUGGAGCAGAUACACGGUGAAAUUCAUGACAAUUUCCGAGCUCUCGCAAAUGGCUUCCAGAAGUUGGAUAAGAUUAAAGACUCCAAUAGACAAAGUAAACAGCUGGAGGAACUUACGGCAAAAAUGAGGGAAUGUAAAAGAUUAAUCAAAGAGUUUGAUCGUGAGAUUAAAGAUGAAGAGAUCAGAAAUCCUCCUGAAGUUAACAAGCAACUCAAUGAUGAAAAGCAAUCCAUGAUCAAAGAGCUGAAUUCAUAUGUGGCCUUGAGAAAAACGUAUGUGAGCAGCCUUGGUAAUAAGAGAGUUGAACUCUUUGAUAUGGGAGCAGGUGCUAGUGAUCCUACGGCAGAUGACAAUGUUCAAAUGGCGUCAGCAAUGUCAAAUCAGGAGCUUAUUAAUGCUGGGAUGAAGACGAUGAAUGAGACUGAUCAGGCAAUCGAACGUUCAAAACAGGUUGUAGAACAAACAAUUGAAGUGGGGACCCAAACAGCUGUUACAUUGAAGGGUCAAACUGAACAAAUGGGUCGAAUUGUGAAUGAGCUUGAUACAAUUCAGUUCUCUAUCAAGAAAGCCUCCCAGCUUGUGAAGGAGAUUGGUAGGCAGGUGGCUACAGAUAAAUGCAUCAUGCUUUUUCUAUUUCUUAUUGUCUGUGGUGUGAUUGCUAUAAUCAUUGUGAAGAUUGUGAAUCCCAACAACAAAAGCAUUAGGGACGUACCAGGAUUGGGUCCUCCGGCUCCUGCAGGGAGGAGACUGUUGUAUCUGAAGCAUGGGGAAGGUUUCAAGUAAAUUCUUAUAUCACAAAUGGAGGUAGUUAUAUUCCAUUGAGUUGUCAUGUCAUGAUUCAUGUUGCAAGACUAGACCAGAUGAAGAUGAGAGUAAAUGCUGUUUGAGGUCACGUGUGUUCUUCCGCCCCACAUAAAAACAGAUUCUUGUGUGAUGAGAUGUGCAUAUCAUGUUUGUGAUUUUUGUUUUCAUGUAAAUCAUAAUUGGGGUCUGUUUUUACACCCUCUUGCAUUUAUUUUUUUUGGAAUGCUGACUGUUCUCUGUAAACCUUCCAAGACUACUUGUAAUGCUAGAAAGGAAUAAUAAUAUACUCGAUGAAUUCUACCUUGAAA